AUGAUCAUCAACGUUGGCGUCACCACUCCAUCAGUUGGGAAUUGUGCGGAUCGUCUCAAUCCUCAAACUGGUGUAUCUGAUUGUCCGAAUAGAGCGAAUCUGUGUAACGACACAGUUUACUACACACUGAUGACUGAACAGUGUCCCAGAACUUGUAACAGAUGCCCAGGAACAAGAGCAAUUUCACGCCGGACAACAGCGACUUCGCCAGGAUGUCGGGAUUUGCUCAAUCCAGCCACAGGAGUCUCUGAUUGUCCGCAGAUGGCGAGUUAUUGCACCAACACGUUAUACUUGACGUUGAUGAGACAACAGUGCCGAAAGACCUGCGGAUACUGUGUUUGA